AUGCAGCUGAGGAGGGGUAAAUCUCGUGACUGUCAGCAGUCCACUUCCUCCCAGCUGAGAUCCUCCCAUACCGCGAUCAUCGUUCUGAUCGAUAUCGAAGAGCAGAUGCAGCUCCAAUACUUGAUCACCAGUCCGGAUGGGACGCAGCAUCUGGACCUUGUGGAGGUUGUCGCUGACGUCUCGGUCGCGAUUCGCGCGGCUCUGAAGAAAUCACCGCCACUCUACCGGGGCCUGGGUCCAUCACUUGCCUCUCUAGUGGUUGAGAUAGGGAGCCUCGAUUUUGACCAGCAGUCCGCUACAGCUAGAAAACUACGGCAACAGUUGGUGGCGGUUGCCGACUCUUUGGAUGCCGCCCUCCACAGCGACAAUGUCCGCGCAAAGUAUCACCAGCUCACAGGCAGCAAGACGAAGUCCGGCCUCCGAUUUUCGCUCUUCCAAUCGUGGAUGGCCAACCCACAGAAUGAGUCGUAUGCGGACAAGUGGAAAGAUUUCCCAUAUCCAACUCUCGGAAUGCUAAGCGAACUGGUAGAAAGCCAGGCUCGUGAAGGAUUUCACCUAGGAGACAUUUUGAGUGACGACCGAGUGGUGAUUGAUCGACUGAAGAAACAGGUCAAAGACUGGAAUAGGCUUGUGGACUUAGUGUACGAUGGCGGUCUGGAUGAAAAUGCAGAUAACGCUACCGACCACAACGAACUGACGUCGUUUGUCAAGGAAUCCGCAUUUUGGGGCGAAGACAGCAUCCGGCGCCUUUCCUGCACCUUGCACGACGUGCUGCACUACAACUGGCCUUGCCCUGUUGAGGACCACGAGCAUAACGGGUUGCUAGGGCACUGCAGCAGUGCGAAGCUUCGGUUGGACCCCGGGUGGAGCUGCCGGGGCCUGGAUCCGAGGGACGCCAGCUUUUUUGUUCUGUUAACAGGGUCUGAGAUUAUGCAGGAGUGUCGAGUCUGUCUUGGUUCUCCGUGUACCGUCGGCGAAACAGGCACGCUCGUCUGCCAGGUCAACCACGAAGACUCGCGACUCAUGUGCCUACAGCUAGCGAAAGACGAGAACAACGUAUUGUGGCCGCUGCCGCUUGGACAGCCUCCGGAAGCUCUUCAACCGGAUGAGAGAUAUAUCGAGCAGAGCUUGGGGACCCUGCUUGAUGUUGUCAAGCCAACCUAUGCGGCGAAAAGGGUGUUGGGUGUGAUCCUUGCACGGUCGUUCUUGCAUCUGCUGGGCGGCCCGUGGAUCCCUCGCUCGUUUUGCAUCGAUGACAUCUCGCUGUUCUGCCAUCUCAAGGGGGACAAGCCGUACCCCAUGUUUGACAGGGUCUUCUUGUCGACAAACUUUGCGACAUUUCACCGGUCGGGGGUAGAAGUCAAGCAGCAGCGCAGUUCGUUCAGCGUUCAUCCAUUUCCGCCGAUCCUCGCGCUGGGGAUCAUCUUGACAGAGAUUGAACUAGGGGACGAUCUCACCCAGCUGUACAGUGACCCAGCCGUGGCGAGGUUGAAGAGCCGGCCUUACGAGCUCGCAAAGUGCCUCCUGCGCGAAUGUCAGCGGGGAUUCCACGAGUCGGGACUGCUUCGAGCUGUCAAAUUCUGCAUUGAACGCGAAUCGUUUCUUCGUUUCGCAAACACCAGUAUCGACGCACUGUUCUCGAACCAAGAGUUUGUCAAUGCCUUUUAUCGGGGUGCUGUCCGACCGCUGGAACAGGACCUGGUAGCGGGCGCGAAGUGGACGUGGGAGGAGGUCAAGUGGUUGGAGCGGGCAAAGUUUGACGACGAAGGAGUGUGCAGAAUCAUCACCGACUCGCCGGCAAAGACUCGGAAGGGGACAUUGCUUAAUGGUGAUCAACGGCAGGAGCGACCAACUGCAGGCGUGGCUCCCCACUCACAGGGCUUGUCGAGGCUGACAUCGCUUGCCGAGCAUGAUUCACCUCCUGCCCUCGCGUUUGAACCGCCAUGUUUACCCUCUUCUUGCGUUCAGCCCCUGACCAGCUGGAAUAAAUGCACAGAAUCUGCCCCUCUGCUCUCUGAAACGCCACCUUUACCGUCCAGCAAGGAUGACUUUGAGGUAGCCAUCAUAUGCGCCCUGCCCCUUGAAGCAAACGCCGUCCUCUCUCUCUUCGAUCAUUUAUGGGAUACGGACUCGCCGCUCACCGGCCGAGACGCAGCUGAUCCCAAUUCCUACUCAAUGGGGGUAAUGGAAGGUAGGAACGUUGUCCUCGCACAUCAGCCCGGUAUGGGCAAGGCUACAGCAGCCAGUGUUGCAUCCUUUUGCGCAGCGAGUUUCAGAAACGUAAAGCUUGCGCUUCUCGUUGGUGUGUGCGGAGGCAUCCCGUUGAAGAAGCCCAAGACCGAGAUUCUCCUAGGGGACGUCAUCAUCAGCAGGGCUGUCAUGCAGUACGACUUUGGCCGACAGUUUUCCGAUAAAUUUCGACGAAAAAUCGACAUUGAGAAUUCCCUCGGUCGGCCCAAUGCACGGAUAGCGUCCCUACUUGCGAAACUGGAAACGCAGGUCCAUCGGCGGAAGCUCCAGGAGAAAAUCAGCCAGCAUCUGUCGGGCAUCGAUCAUCUUGUCCGUUAUCCUGGGGAACGGGAAGAUACGCUCUUCCCCCCGGCUUACCGACACAAACACCAACACUUCGCAUCCUGUGAGACCUGCGCGAACUGCACCACCCCUACCGCUUCCACUUGCGAUGCUGCUCUAGAGUCAACCUGCGCCGACCUAGGCUGUGACGAUGCACAACUUGUCCAGCGCACCCGACAAAACAAGAGGCACGCCCCGUCCGUUCACAUUGGCGUCAUCGCUUCCGGCGAUAGUGUCAUCAAAUCUGGGAUCCAUCGCGAUGCGAUCAGCAAGGAAACAGGCGUGAUAGGAUUUGAGAUGGAAGGGGCUGGAGUGUGGGAUACCAUCCCCUGUGUCAUCAUCAAAGGCGUCUGUGACUACGCCGACAGUCACAAGAACAAGCUAUGGCAGGACUAUGCUGCCGCAACAGCUGCUGCCUGUGCCAAAGCUUUUGUACGCCAGUGGUAG